AUGUCUGAAAUUUGUGAACAUCCUUUCUGUACUCGUCUAAUAUCAGCAACAUGUUCAAAUCAUUGUCAAUUAGAUUUAUGUCAAGAACAUAUAACUGAACAUAAAGAUUUAUUUGUUGCUCAAUAUGAAAAGUAUUUCAGUAAAGUUACUGAAUCAUUAAAUGAAUUAAUUAAUUCGAUUGAAGAAAAUAAGAAAUAUCUUAAUAAUAAUUAUCGAAAAGAUACUUUUCUUAUUAAUGAAAAUUAUGAAAAUAAAAUAAAUAAACUCGAACAAGAAUUUCAACUUCUUAUUUUAACACAAAAAUUAAUCAAACAAAAACUUCAAGUUUUAAAUGAUGUUAAAAAUGGCCAAGCUUUUCUAUAUCAAUAUGAUAUUGAACAAAUUAAAUUAUAUUUAAAACAAAUUCAUGAAUAUCAUCAGGAUAAAAUGACAACAGAAAAUAAUAAAAAUAAUAUAGAACAAUCUUUUUCGUUUAAUUUUACAAAUACGACAUAUAAUACUAUUAGACAUUUUUAUGGUCAAUGUCCAUUAACUCGUCUUGGUAUAUAUGGUAUAACCGCUGAACACAAAUUACGUUUAUGUUCAUCAAAAAGAAAUAAAUCUGAUAUUUGUUUACUAAAGCAUUUUAAUCAUUAUCAUCAUUUAACAUGGACAUUAUCAUCGGCAUUAACAAAAGCUAUAAUUAAUAAAUUAGAUCCAUUAAAAACAUGUAUUUUUCAAUCUGAAUUCAAUAUUAUUGAUCAACGUUUUCGUCGUAUUCGAUGUCCAUUAAAUAAAAUAAAAUCUUUAAAUUGUACAAGAUUAAUUUUUGUAAGUUCAUUAAAAAAACAUUUAUUAAAAAUUCAUCAUUUUAAAUUAAAAACAUGUAAUAAAAUUAUUCAAACAAUUAAAAAAAACAAAGAUUUAAUGACAAUUAAUUUUGAUGAAGACAAAUUUAAAUUCAACGACAAAUAUUAA